UCCUGGGAAUUAUUGCACUGAGUCUGCUGCAUGCAUUGAUCUUCUUGUCUAUGCAGGGUUUCAGCUGUCCUGAUAAUGCCCAAAAUUCAUCCAAAGAACUCCGUGUAAAUGCUUCAAUGAUGCUGGCCAAAUUAAAAGAAAACCUAUGUGGAAAGGAAGGGAGCAGGAAAGCAGAACAUGCCCCAUGUGAGUACUGCCCAGUCAGAUGGGUUCUGCAUGAGAGGAAAUGCUACUACUUCUCUGAGAAGAAGAAAACCUGGAGUGAUAGUGAGAAGUACUGCAGCUCCCAGACUUCUAGCCUGGCUGUGAUUGACAGCGAGGAGGAGAAGAACUUUAUAACAACCAUGCUGACGAAAGCACGUGGCUACAGUUGGCUUGGACUAACUAAGGAGAACAAUAGAUGGAUGUGGGUGACUGGAGAUGUAUUACUGCCAAAAAUGUUUCAUAUGAAAGAGGUCAGCAGCAGCAACUCCACCUGUGCAGUUUUCCAUGUGACUGGUAUACAGGCUGAGAAGUGCUUCAAUCCCAACAAAUGGGUCUGUGAGAAAAACACCAUGGAAUUUCCAACCCUAUUUGAACGCCUGCAGGACUGA